AAUCGAUAUCAAAUGCGACGCCAUAUUUUUUCACAAAGUUCUUGAAUGGUGUAAAUUUUUCUGCCAAUAAAAUUGAAAAUUUUGUGGAAAAAAGUGCAGAAAAUAAUAUGAAAUUAUAAUAAACAUCAAUAUAAGUGUAUACCUUAGCAUCAUAAGUAAAAAGUGCGCAAGCAAGUAAUUUAAAAAAGAUAUAAUUGCAUAAGAAAUUUUUUAUUCAGUACGUCUGCCGGGUUGAAUGUACAUAGUAUUCAUAAAAGAAGAUAUAAAAGAAAAUAUUUGUUUUAAAAAUAAUCGUUUGAAGCUUUUGUCGAAGCAAAAUUGAAGUACAUUUAAAAUGGAAGCACCCCCAUCAGGUAUGGUCGCGCCAUCAGGUCCACCAGCACCACGUGGUGGUGGAUAUCGCGGCAGAGGUGGACCAAUGCGUGGAAGUUUUGAACGCGGUCGCGGAAGAGGCAUGGGUAGGGGUCAUUAUAUGGGUCGUGGUGGUGGUAUGAUGGGCGGUGGUGGACCCCCACCUCAAGGUAUGGGUCCAGGUGGACGUGGUAUGCGUGCACCAAGAGGUUCAGGUUACCAGGGUCGAGGAAGUUAUAUGCCACGCGGAGGUGGCCCACCAAUGCGCGGUGGCCGACCACCCAUAUAUGCUCAACCAAAGCAACAUACGGGUGCUGAAAACAAUAAAACAGUUUCACCUGUACCAACAGCAAGCUCAGCCACUCCAGCCCCAGCAGCUGAUGGCGCCGCCCCAGAAAUGGCAGCAGCAAGCAAUGGUAGCGCUACAACACCUGAAGUCGUUGCUGCAGCGCCAGUUGCAGUUAGUUCCAAUGGUAGUGUAAGUAGUUUACCACCCCGCGGACCACCUCGUGGACGUGGAUCCUUCUCUCGUGGACGUGGUGGAUAUAAUCCACACAUGAAUGGUGGAAUGCACGGCAUGGGUCCUGGUGGUGAACAUGGUCAAAUGUCGAUGCGUCGCGGAGGUCCACCGCGUGGACGUGGUGGCUACGGCCAAUCGAUUUCUCGAUCUCCUAUGCAUUCACAACCGCAUAGUGCAAAUACACAAAUUGCACCAGUACCAUCAUUGAAACGUGGUGCACCAGGUGGUCCGCCGGGACCAAAGCGUGGUCGUUACGAUGGUGGUCCCUAUUCACAACGACCAAUGGUGCCAAAGUAUCACCAGCCAAUGCAACACGCAGCUCCGAUGGCUCCACCAGCCAAUUACGGUGCUCCACCUAGUCACCAUCAACAACAAAGCCAUCAUAGUUAUGCAACACAUGAUCAAUCACAAGCUGUUGAUCCAUAUGCUCAAUCGUAUGCUGCACCAGCAGCACAAUCAUCUUACAAUGGUUAUGGACAAAGUGGGUAUGCAACACAUGCACAAGCGGCACCACAGGCUAGUAGCGCUUAUUCCACACAGGGCACUGAAUACGAUCAAAGCCAAUAUCAGACCUAUAGUUCUAGUAGCUAUGGCACACAACAGGAUACGCGUUACCAAACGUACGGCCAAGAUUAUACGCAACAGUAUGGUGCGCCAGCUGUUGAUUACAAUACAGCACCACAGGCAGACUAUUCCCAACAUGGACAGCAAGCUUAUGAUGAGCGCGCUUACGCUGGUUAUGAUUCACAGUACCAGCAAGGUUAUUCAAAUGCAGCUGGAUAUUAUUAAAAGAGAAAUGUAAACCUGCUUUACGAUGGGACACAAUUCAACGCUGUGCGUAAAAAACUUCCAAAUUAAAGUGAAAUGCAGGAAGGAGUCAGUAACUGUUGCAAUUGUUGUGUGAAUAAAAAGUGAAAGUGAAAAUUUUAAGAGUUUACGCCAAAUACGAAGAGCAUAUAAAUUAAUUUCAAUAUUUAAAGUAUAGAUUUAAGUAAGAUUUGAAAAUGAAAAGUCUACGUGUAGAUGGUUGAUUAUACAAUAGUUCGUUGAAAGAAAUUGCUGGUGAAACAUACAAAAAUUCAAAGUUCUGAGUAAACUGAAAAGCAAAAAUAUAUUGACAUACACGUGCACUAAGAUAUCAUACGUAUGUGGAGCAUAAUAUAUAAUCCAUUUGAACCACUAAAUGUUUAAUGUUAAGCAAGAAAAGUAAACAAUUUUUUUUUGCCAUAAAUUAAUACAUAAUAAAAGCGAAUUUUGUCCCGUAACUCCUCCCUCCAUUAGCGUCCCAAUCAAUCACAAGAAUCCCCUCACACACGGUUAAAAACACGAAAAUAAAGCAAAAACUAAACGGACAAAAGAAGUAACUUGCUAUGCAAAUAUUCACAUAAUUCGGGCGAAUUAUUUUAGCUUAUAUUUAAGGCUAACUAUUGACUAUUGACUUUCGAUUUAUAUUUUAAAAAUUUGACUAGAAUAAAGUUUAUUGAUUGACUAUGCAAUAAAUAACAAAUGAAUUGCACUAAAACUCAUUAUUUUUAAUUUGCAAGCAGCAAAAAUUAUAUUAUUAUUGUUUUUAUAAUUCAGAGCAGGCAAUGUAAAAGAGAAAAAGCAAAAGUAUUUAACGACUUCCGGCAAAAGCAUGAUCGUAAAAUUUAAGAAACCAGUAGUUUAGUUCAUAAUUGUAGUAGCCACCAAAUUGCAUACUGCAAAAUUGCGAUAGAUAUUUAGUAUUAAGCUCAAACUGAUAUUCUCAUGCGCCGAAAUGUUAAGAAAAUUGUAUAUUUUACGAGAAUUGGACAAACUUAUACUUUAUUUUUGUUUAAUGGCUUAACAAAUUACACAUAUUUUAUAUAAAAUAGAACUUGUCUUGUACAAUGAAAUAAACAAUUUAUUUUCAACAAAAAAAAAAUAUAUUUGAUAAUACACUGUAAAACUAAAUAUACAUACAUACGCGUAUUACUAAAAACAUAUAUCAUAUGAAAAAUAUAUAUCAAACAAGCACACUUCAAAACAUAUAAACGCAUUCUAGAACAUUUUAGUAACUAUUUUACUUACUAAAAUGGAGAAUUCAUGUUUAGCAAUGCUGCAAGUUGGUACAUCAAAUAUUAACUACGAAAAAUACAUAAAAGAUAAAUACUAAAAUUCAAUAAAAUGCUAGUAGUACCCAAAUUGUUGUAACUGAUUAAUUUUACUCCAAAUUACAGAUAUAUAUUUUAAAACAAAACAAAAAACAACAAUAAGCAAUUAAUAUAUGCAAUAAUGUUUGUGAAUACAGCGGCAAUAAUUCGCUUUCGCAACAGCUAAAAGAGUGAACACAACAAAAAAAAAAAGUUUCACAACAUUCUGUUUUAAACUUAUGUUAAUUUUGUUUUAUUUUAAUUUUAUAUUGCAACUAAAGUGUGAUAUCAAGUUUUAGUAUAAGUAAUUGAAAAGAUUUAACUGCAACUGUGAUAAAAGUAUACAAAAUAGUUUAACUUUAAAAAUGAAUAUCAGCGUGACUCAAAAAAAAAAAACUAAAAACAAAUACAGUUGAAAUACCUUUAAAUUUGUUUUAGGCAAAAAGGCACGUUGACCUUUAUUAGUGAAAUUUUACUAAAAGCCAAUUUUGGUAUAAACAAAAUUUUAAAAAUUUUGUACAAGUGCAAUGCUUAGAACACAAAAAAAAACUUAAAAAAGAGAAGUAGUGAAAACUUAGCCACUACUGUUAUAUAGUAGAUAAACUAACAUCAAAAGUUUUUAAAGAAUCUAAAGUAACGACGAAAUUAUUUAUUUGACUGUAAACUUAUUUUUCUUUUAAUUAUUAUUUAAAUUCUUUAUAUUGGGGGUGUUAAGCGUCGAUUUUAAUAAUUAACUUAAUAAUUAAACGUUGCAAUAUUUAUGGCAUGCGAACAUUAUAACUGAACUUUUUCAAAAAGUUUUCAUGAGUAAUACACAAUCCUAGGCUGAUGAACUAAAAAAUAUGUAUUUUAUAAAUACUUCAAACAGUCUAAAACACAUUUGCAACGUUAAUGAAUGCCACAAGAAAUUUGUUUCAGUGAUAACAUAAAAUUAAAAAAAAUCACUCAAAUUGAUAUCAUACAGUAACUAAAUAUGCGAUGAAGAGUUAUUUUUUGUUCAGUAGGCAAUAAGCGACAAUUUGCGAUAAAAAGUUAUUUCUUGUUCAGAAGACAAGAUUUCAAAAUAUAAAAAAAAAAAUCAAAGACAAUUUUAAACACGGGGAAGUGUACAUAUUGAUUUUAUGAAUAUUUUUAAUAUUUACGAGAUAUCAAAUUUCUUAUCUUUGCUUAAAUCAACUUAAGCCACUUUAUAUUAUUAUUACAGUAUAAAAUUCGUGGAAAGAAGUCAAAUUGUAAAAUAAUAAUUGAAUUAGAUAUCUAUAUAUAAAUGUAGAAAAGGGUAUACAUUUUUUGUUGUCAAUAUGCAGCAAACGGUUAAUUUAAUAAUCAAAUAUUACCGAAAAAAGCUGACAAAAGUAUUUGAAACUCAAACAUAUUAGAACAAUAUGAAAUGUCAAAAACAAACAUCUUCAAAUGAGCCAUAUGUGCAGCCUAAAAAAUAGUUAUUUUAUUUUAAAUUAUUAGCUCACUCGUGCAAUGACGAGUUACAUGCAUAUUAUUUUUUAAAUGAACAAUUAUGGAAGCUCCAAGAGCUGAGAAGUAAUUCGUAAACCGCUCAACUAAAAUUUAAGUUUGAUAACAGAUACAAAUAUUAACUAAUAGAAAGUGAAGAAUGGUAAGUGCUAAUAACAAAUUGUGAUAUUACUGUGAUUAAUUGAGGUGCGCAAUGCUCAAAGCCAUUGACAAAGGAAUAUAUUAUUGCAACCUACAUAUACAUAUAUAUAUAAGAAAAUAACUUCUUAGUUUAGUUCUCUGCUUUACAGGCUGAAAAGGCGUUAUAAGUGAUAUAAAAAACGUAAACGAAUAAAUGAAACAAAGAAACAAAUUAAAAAUGAAAAAAAAAAAAUAUAAAGAUUUGCUCAACCCGGAUGCAAGAAAGAAUUCAAAUGGAUAAACCAAGGAUGGUAAUUUUUAAAUUCCUUUGAAUCACAUACAUACAUAACUAUAUGUUUUGUUGAAAUUGUUUAAUUUUUGUUAAUAUUAUACCAAUAUAUAAGUUUACAACUAUUUCUGUUUGUAUCUCAUUUAUUUAUUAUUAUUAAAAAUUUAUAAUUUUUUAAUUAAAGUAAAAACAAACAACAAAAGACCAUUAAAUAAGUGCAAUAAAUAAAUAGUAUGGAUAAAAUGAAAAUUUAAGAAACGAAAAUAACGAGAGAAGUAAUAACAGCGUUCCAAUGUUGAAUGAAACAUGCAUUACAAAACAUAAAAACCAACUCAAAGUAAUGGUUGAGUGAAAAUAAAAUCUGAAAACGCAUUUCUACAACACACUUGCUAAUGCAAGCGGAAUUUUUCAAUAAGAACAUUUAAAAAUGAAAAAUCAAUUAAUAUCUGCUGCAAAAUAUGUUGGCGAAUAAGCACAUUAAAAAGAACAUCAGGCAUAUAGUGAAACCUGAUUUUAGUAUUGCAAUAUAAAAACACCAAAUUUAUCAAAUGCAAAAAUACAAAAAAAAAAUAUAUAUAAAGCUCGAAGCUUCUAUUAAAAUAAA